AUGGCGCCUGGGGUAUCGGAUCCUGCACCGGCCGUCGAUCGAAGUUUAACUCAGGCGUUGGCUGCUGUGACUGUUGACUAUGACGAUACACUGAGAUUCUUCCUCAAUGGAAAGAAGGUCGUGUUAGAUUCGGCCGAUCCUGAAGUCACAUUGCUGGAAUACCUCCGUGGAACUGGUUUGACAGGAACCAAGCUGGGUUGCGCGGAGGGUGGCUGUGGCGCUUGUACGGUUGUUGUAUCACAAUACAAUCCUACAACAAAGAAGAUAUAUCACGCCUCCGUCAAUGCAUGUCUGGCUCCGCUAGUGUCUGUCGAUGGCAAGCAUGUCAUCACUGUGGAAGGUAUUGGUGAUGUGAAACGACCUCAUCCUACCCAGGAGCGGCUCGCGAAAAGUCAUGGCAGCCAGUGCGGGUUCUGCACUCCAGGGUUUGUCAUGAGCCUCUAUGCACUCCUGCGGAACACAGAGCUUCCUACUGAGCAUCAAAUUGAAGAGGCAUUCGACGGAAAUCUCUGUCGAUGCACAGGCUACCGGCCCAUUCUCGAUGCCGCUCAGACUUUUAGUGUGGAACGAGGGUGUGCCAUGGCCAAAGUAAAUGGUGGUGCAGGAUGCUGUCGGGAGAAUGGGAGUCCAGGUUGCUCUGGACCAAGCUCGAACGACACAGGCGGAGCUGUGAGGAGGUUUACUCCUCCAGGUAUGCUUGAACAUCAACCUGACACCGAAUUGAUAUUUCCGCCUGUCCUGAGAAAGCAUGACUUUCAGCCCCUGGCAUUUGGCAAUAAGCGCAAGAAGUGGUAUCGUCCGGUGACGACACAACAACUCCUGGAAAUCAAGAAUGCAUAUCCUUCUGCCAAGAUCAUCGGAGGCAGCACUGAAACUCAGAUCGAGGUGAAAUUCAAAGCGAUGAAUUACACUGUAUCAGUGUUUGUUGGAGAUAUCGCAGAGCUUCGACAAUACAAGCUCGAAGCCGAUCAUGUCGAGAUAGGAGGCAACAUCACCCUGACUGAUCUUGAAGAUCUCACAGAGAAAGCUCUGGAACAUUACGGUCAGCAGAGAGGGCAGGUCCUCACUGCAAUCAACCAGCAGAUCAAGUAUUUUGCAGGUCGACAGAUACGAAACGUUGGCACGCCGGCUGGCAACCUUGCUACAGCAUCACCCAUUUCAGAUCUAAAUCCCGUCUUUUUAGCAGCGAACGCUGUGAUAAUUGCGCAAACGCUAGAGGGGAAAACAGAAAUCCCCAUGACAGAAUUUUUCAAGUCAUAUCGCGUGACUGCACUUCCGGCGAAUGCCAUCAUCGCCAGCAUCAGAAUUCCCGUGUUCCAAGAAAAAGGCGAGUAUAUACGAGCAUACAAGCAAUCAAAACGAAAGGAUGACGACAUUGCCAUCGUCAACGCUGCCUUGCGUGUACGUAUGGAUGAGGAUGGAGUUGUUCAGGAUUCGAGCCUGGUGUAUGGAGGGCUUGCCCCGAUCACUGUCGCCGCGAAACAAGCCAUCGCAUAUCUGCAGGGUAAGAGAUUCGCUGAUCCGACGACUCUCGAGGGUGUCAUGAAUGCUUUAGAGCAAGACUUUGAGUUGCGUUUUGGUGUGCCAGGAGGCAUGGCAACGUAUAGGAAGUCGCUGGCUCUAGGUUUCUUCUACAAGUUCUAUCACGAGGUCCUUUCCACCGUUGAUCCGAGCGAUACAAAUGUCGACAAAGAGGCUUGCGCUGAGAUUGAGCGUGAGAUUUCAACCGGCUCGAAAGACCACGCUGCAGCUCAAGCAUACGAGAAGAAGAUCCUUGGCAAAGAGGAGCCGCAUGUAGCUGCGCUGAAGCAAUGCACUGGAGAGGCACAAUAUACCGAUGACCUGCCAGUACAAAUGAAUGAAUUGUUCGGGUGCUUGGUUCUCAGUACAAAAGCACAUGCCAAAAUCAUCAGCGUCGAUGCUGAACCUGCCCGCGAAGUGCCCGGUGUCUUCGACUACGUCGAUCAUCGAGACCUUCACGACCCAAAAGCAAAUUGGUGGGGCGCACCUACUUGCGACGAGACAUUCUUUGCAGUAGAUGAAGUUUUCACAGCUGGUCAGCCUAUUGGGAUGAUCCUCGCCACGUCGGCCAAGCAAGCCGAGGCCGGUGCACGCGCAGUAAAGAUCGAAUACCAGGACUUGCCAGCUAUCUUCACGAUCGAGGAGGCUAUUCAAGCGGACAGCUACUUCGAUCACUAUCACUUUAUCAAUAAUGGCGACGUCGAAAAGGCGUUCAAAGAGGCUGAUCACGUGUUUACUGGUGUCGCGCGCAUGGGCGGCCAGGAGCAUUUUUACUUAGAAACCAACUCUUGCCUUGCCAUUCCCAAGCCUGAGGAUGGUGAGAUGGAGAUAUGGAGUUCUACACAAAAUCCGAGCGAGACGCAAGCGUACGUUGCCCAAGUCACUGGAGUCGCUGCGAACAAGAUCGUCUCUAAAGUGAAACGCCUCGGCGGCGGCUUUGGAGGCAAAGAAACACGCUCCAUCCAACUGGCGGGUAUCUGUGCCAUCGCGGCCAAGAAGACCAAGAGGCCAGUUCGCUGUAUGUUAAAUCGUGACGAGGACAUGCUUACCUCUGGUCAACGGCAUCCUUUCCUUGCGCGAUGGAAGGUCGCUGUGAACAAGGACGGAAAGCUGCAAGCGCUCGAUGCAGACGUCUUCAACAAUGGUGGCUGGUCCCAGGAUCUCAGUGCUGCCGUCGUUGAUCGUGCAUUGAGUCAUGUUGAUGGCGUGUACAAGAUUCCUAACAUGUUUGUUCGAGGCCGCAUUUGCAAGACAAAUACCGUUUCCAAUACUGCGUUCCGAGGAUUUGGUGGACCGCAAGGCAUGUUCAUCGCCGAGACGUACAUGUCCGAGAUUGCCGAUCGUCUGAAGAUGCCUGUGGAGAAGAUGCGGGAAAUCAACAUGUACCAGCCAGGCGAGACUACGCAUUUCAAACAGGCGCUGGAAGAUUGGCAUGUGCCUCUAAUGUGGAAACAGAUUCAAGAAGAUUCGGGCUGGAAGCAGCGCAAGGACGAGGUUGCGGCUUUCAAUGCCCAGAGUAAAUGGAAGAAACGCGGACUCGCACUGAUCCCGACCAAGUUUGGAAUCUCUUUUACUGCACUCUUCCUUAACCAAGCCGGUGCCCUUGUCCACAUCUAUCACGAUGGAAGUGUUCUGGUCGCUCACGGCGGAACAGAAAUGGGUCAGGGACUGCACACAAAGAUGACCAUGAUCGCUGCGGAAGCCUUGGGAGUCCCUCUCGGCGAUGUCUUCGUCUCCGAAACCGCCACCAAUACAGUCGCCAACACUUCCUCUACAGCAGCCUCGGCAUCAUCUGAUCUGAACGGCUACGCAAUCUGGAAUGCAUGCAGCCAGCUCAACGAGCGUCUCGCACCAUACAGGGAGAAAUUCGGCAAAGACGCCACGAUGAAACAACUCGCUCACGCCGCCUACUUCGACCGUGUAAACCUCUCCGCCAACGGCUUCUACAAAACCCCCGACAUCGGCUACGUCUGGGGCGCCAAUACCGGCCAGAUGUUCUUCUACUUCACCCAAGGUGUUGCGGCCGCCGAGGUAGAAAUCGACGCGCUGACCGGCUCCUGGACCUGCCGGCGCGCCGACCUCCUCAUGGACGUCGGCCGUUCCAUCAACCCAGCCAUCGAUUACGGCCAGAUUGAGGGCGCCUUCGUGCAAGGGCUCGGCCUGUUCACCAUGGAGGAGAGCCUGUGGCACCGCGGCACUGGCCAGCUAUUCACACGCGGGCCCGGCGCCUACAAGAUCCCGGGAGCCCGCGAUAUCCCCCAGGACUUCCGCGUCAAACUGCUCUCGGGGGUGGAGUGGAAGAAUCUGCGCACCAUCGCCCGCUCGCGGGGCGUGGGCGAGCCGCCGCUGUUCCUCGGCUCGUCGGUGUUCUUUGCGAUCCGCGAUGCGCUGAAGAGCGUGCGGGAGCAAUUCGGGGUACCCGAGGAGGAGGUUUUGAAUCUGGUCAGUCCAGCAACGGUGGAGAGGAUCCGGCUGAGUUGUGGGGACCCUAUUGUGAAAAGAGUGGAGGUAAAGCCGGCAGAAGGGGAGAAGAGUUUCUUCAUGGCGAUUUGA